AUACGGAAGUACAGUGUCGUUAGAAUGACGCCAACCUUGAGUUGCUGAUGCAGAUGUCAACUAUUUGCACGAUAGCUGAUUUGAUAUUCACAGCGAAAUUACUCACAACUUAGACACAUACCUAGCUAUCUAGGUAGUGUUCCAUAUAUUCCAUUUUCCGAUCUAUGGAGUUUUUGCAGUUUCUAUCAUGGGCGUGCAUCGUAUUUACAGUCGGGAUGUUCUCGACUGGACUGACGGACCUGAAGAAGAUGAGAGCUUCCAAAAGUGCAGAUAACGUCCAGUUCCUCCCCUUCCUCACCACAUGCCUCAAUAACCUGGGCUGGCUGUAUUAUGGGAUACUGAAGACGGAUGGGACUCUGGUCCUGGUUAACACCAUAGGAGCCUGUCUACAGUCCCUCUACAUCCUCUCCUACUGCCACUACACCAACGACAAGAGGCGAGUGACCUCUCAGACAUUACUAGCAGGAGGAGUGGUCUGUGGAGGCUGGCUGUACUUCAGUGUUGUCCUGCCUCAGGGAGAGUCUCAGCUGGCCCAGCUCGGUCUCACCUGCAGCCUGUUCACUAUCAGCAUGUACCUGAGUCCACUCGCUGACCUGAUGGAGAUAGUGCGUACUGGUAGUGUGGAGCGUUUGUCCUUCUCUUUGACUGUAGCUACCUUCCUCACCUCAACAUCCUGGACGCUCUAUGGACUACAGCUGCAAGACUACUAUAUCAUGGUUCCAAACACGCCAGGCAUUGUGACCAGUCUCAUCCGGUUCUUUCUGUUCUGGAGAUUUGCAUCUGUCAAUCAAGGCGUGCCAUCCUAUAAGCUCAUCGAAAUCUAAGUGGCUGGAGACUCACACCAAUAGUUACAAGGGAGAGAGAUAACAGGCUUUUUGACCCUAUCAUGGUCAGGCUGUCAAUCACUCAUAUUGUAAAUGAUUCAUGAUCACUCCUACCCACCAAGGGUUAAGGAAGACUUUCUCCUCUCAAGUCAGAAGCUGUCCCUAAUCACAGAUCAAGGAUCAGAGUACCCUAGCAAUGUGGGAUGAAAAAUGAUGAAUAAAUAUCUGACCCUGUAUCAGUGGGUUGGGGCAUCUUCCUCAUCGUUCUCCCUCCACCACUUCCUUUUUGUGCCUUCUGUCCUAGUCUGGGACAUCAUUACUGCCACCUGAGAACUCAACCAAGGGCGGGACAGUCCUGCCCUGUCAAUCACAGUAGUCUCUGUUAGCCAGUGGGAGGUUUUUUGCUCAGCAUCAAUGCGCUGCUUUUGGUUGAAUCACUCUUAACUAACAGGGCAGGAUGACCCCGCCUCUAGUGGAGUUUGAGACCCCUCACCUUUAUAGUUGACUUGUCUGUCCGGGGCGGCAGGGUAGCCUAGAGGUUAGAGCGUUGGACUAGUAACCGGAAGGUUGAAAGUUCAAACCCCAGAGCUGACAAGGUAUAAAUGUGUCGUUCUGCCCCUGAACAGGCAGUUAACCCACUGUUCCUAGGCUGUCAUUGAAAAUAAGAAUUUAUUCUUAACUGACUUGCCUGGUUAAAUAAAGGUAAAAAAAUAAAUAACCUGUUCAACCUGUGAACUAGGGGUGAACAACUCUGUUCAUGGUAGCCACAGUAUCUGCUGGGUUGUUAUCCUUCUCUUUUAACUAGACUGAUGCACAGUGCAUUUGGAAAGUUUUCAGACCCUUUGCGUUUUACACACUUUGUUACGUUACAGCCUUAUUCUAAAAUGUAUUAAAUUGUUUAUUUUCCUCAUCAAUCUACACACAAUACCCCAUAAUGACAAAGCAAAGAGAGUACAUUUUUUUCAUUUUGUACAUUUGUGAAAAAAAAUGGAAAUAUCACAGUUCCAUAAGUAUUCAGACCCUUUUCUCAGUACUUUGUUGAUGCACCUUUGGCAGCGAUUACAGCCUCGAGUCUUCUUGGGUAUGACGCUACAAGCUUGGCACAUCUGUAUUUGGGGAGUUUCUCCCAUUCUAAUCUGCAGAUCUUCUCAAACUCUGUCAGGUUGGAUGGGAACGUUGCUACACAGCUAUUUUCAGGUCUCGCCAGAGAUGUUAGAUUGGGUUCAAGUCCAGAGACUUGAAGCCACUCCUGCCUUGUCUUGGCUGUGUGCUUAGGGUCAUUAUCCUUUUGGGAGGUGAACCUUUGCCUCAGACUGAGGUCCUGAGCGAUCUGGUGCAGGUCUUCAUCAAAGAUCUCUCUGUACUUUGCUCCGUUCAUCUUUCCCUCGAUCCUGACUAGUCUCCUAGUCCCUGCCGCUGAAAAACAUCCCCACCGCCUGAUGCUGCCACCACCAUGCUUCACCGUAGGGAUGGUGACAGGUUUCAUCCAGAUAUGAUGCUGCCACCACCAUGCUUCACUGUAGGGAUGGUGCUAGGUUUCAUCCAGAUAUGAUGCUGCCACCACCAUGCUACACCGUAGGGAUGGUGCCAGGUUUCAUCCAGAUAUGAUGCUGCCACCACCAUGCUUCACUGUAGGGAUGGUGCCAGGUUUCAUCCAGAUAUGAUGCUGCCACCACCAUGCUUCACCGUAGGGAUGGUGCCAGGUUUCAUCCAGAUAUGAUGCUUGGCAUUCAGGCCAGAAGUGGCUUCUGUUUAGCCACUCUACCAUAAAGGACUGAUUAGUGGAGUGCUGCAGAGAUGGUUGUCCUUCUGGAUGUUUCUCCCAUCUCCACAGAGGAGCUGUCAGUGUUCUUGGUCACCUCCCUGACCAAGGCCCUUCUCCCCCGAUUGCUCAAUUUGGCCAGGCGCAGCUCUAGGAAGAGUCCUGAUGGUUCCAAACUUCUUCGCUUUAAGAACGAUGGAGGCCACUGUGUUCUUGGACCUUCAAUGCUGCAGAAAUGGUUUGGUACCCUUCCCCAGAUCUGUUCCUCAACACAAUCCUGUCUCGGAGCUCUAUGGACAAUUCCUUCCACCUCAUGUCUUGGUUUUUGCUCUGACAUGCACUGUCAACUGUGGGACCUUAUAUAGACAGGUGUGUGCAUUUCCAAAUUAUGUCCAAUCAAUUGAAUUUACAGCAGAUGGACUCCAAUCAAGUUGUAGAAACAUCUCAAGGAUGGAAACUGGAUCAAUGGAAACAGGAUGCACCUGAGCUCAAUUUCGAGUUUCAUCGCAAAGGGUCUGAAUACUUAUGUAAAUAAAGGUAUUUCUGUUUUUUAUAGAUUUGCAAAAAUGUAUCUAAACCAGUUUUCACUCUGUCAUCAUGGGCUAUUGUUUAAACUUGGUGAGGAUUAUUAUUUUAUUUUUAAAAUCCAUUUUAGAAUGAGGCUGAAUAAUACUUUCUGAAAGCACUGAAUACCUGGAUAACCAGACGUCUAAGGUCUAGACUCGCUAGUUAACUGAUCCAUUCAUAUAACUGAUUAAGUACCACAGAGAUGAAGAGGCUCCUAGUUGUACUAGUGCUCCUAGUAGUACUAGUUGUAGCUGGCGUGUAGAGCCCUCAGUUGUCCAUCCCUACUCAGGUUGCCAAACUCCAGGAACUUGUUUUUCCAGACAUCCUGGUUGGAGGAUUCACAGAAUCUGAAGGGAAUAAGAAGGAAAUCUGCAACCAGGAUUUCUGGAAAACCAGGGAAUUUAUUGAAAGUUCCUGGAGUUUUGCAACCCUUUCCCUACUCUAAGCAGACAUGGCAUGUACUCUACAUCAUCGGUACUUGGUCUCUAAAUCCACGAACUGAGGGAAGACUAAGAAUCUUCGUGUGCAUGUGCACGUUGUGUUUUUAUUUGGGUCGUAUGUCUUCGUGUGCGUGUGCACGUUGUUUUUAUUUGGGUCGUAUGUCUUCGUGUACGUGUGCACGUUGUGUUUUUAUUUGGGUCGUAUGUCUUCGUGUGCGUGUGCACGUUGUGUUUUUAUUUGGGUCGUAUGUCUUCGUGUGCGUGUGCACGUUGUGUUUUUAUUUGGGUCGUAUGUCUUCGUGUACGUGUGCGCAUUGUGUUUUUAUUUGGGUCGUAUGUCUUCGUGUGCGUGUGCACGUUGUGUUUUUAUUUGGGUCGUAUGUCUUCGUGUGCGUGUGCACGUUUUUAUUUGGGUCGUAUGUCUUCGUGUGCACGUUUUUAUUUGGGUCGUAUGUCUUCGUGUGCACGUUGUGUUUUUAUUUGGGUCGUAUGUCUUCGUGUGCGUGUGCACGUUGUGUUUUGAUUUGGGUCGUAUGUCUUCGUGUGCGUGUGCACGUUGUGUUUUGAUUUGGGUCGUAUGUCUUCGUGUGCGUGUGCACGUUGUGUUUUUAUUUGGGUCGUAUGUCUUCGUGUGCGUGUGCACGUUUUUAUUUGGGUCGUAUGUCUUCGUGUACGUGUGCGCGUUGUGUUUUGAUUUGGGUCGUAUGUCUUCGUGUGCACGUUGUGUUUUUUAGUUUUUUAUUGGUUUACGUUUGUCCAAACUAAAUAUACUGUAAGUAUAUUGUCUGUGCUCUUGUUGUUGAUGCAUUGGAUUGUGUAUAGGGUAUUCUACAUAUGCUAUUUUAAUAGGAUAUUAUCACUCUGGAAAUAAGGGAGUUGGGGUUUUGUUGCUUCUUCACACUGAUUGAAUAAAUGUUUUAUACUGUU